GAGGCCCCAUACCCAUCCCCAUCCCCAUCCCCAUUCCCGUCGUUGUAUUCCCCAAAGCAUCCAUUCUUCAUGCUCCGAACCGCAUCACGCACUUCACUCUGUACCAAAAUGCCGCCGCUUUCACUCUGAAGCUCAAUCUGUAGUAUGCUCUUUCUUUCAUGCGUAUUAGUUCACAUCAUUGCACUUGGGUUGCUCUUGUCCCAGUACUGAAAUUGCAUUUUGCUGUUUCUCAUUUCAAGGUUCACACUGUAUUGACUCACCUUGAUGGUUGCUCAACUCUGAAUCGUGGUUGAUUUUGAAAUAUAUGUUUUCUGUAAUUGGGAAUAAUCCUCUGCUGGAGCGAAUUGCUUAUUCAAUUUCAUUCUGCAUCCCCUUACUUCUUUCCGAUUCCUAACAAUAGGUGAGCUAUUGUGGCAUCACUUGUAAGAGAGUUUUGAUCUACUUUUUGCUGUGAUGGAGCAAUCAAAGGGUCAAAACCACUUGCAUUAUAACACUAGAGAACAGAGCAAUGCACAAGUAAUUCCUGAAACCCAGGUUUUGAAGAGGGACCUACAAGAAUAUGAUCAUCCUGAUUUGAACCAUCAAGAGACUAAGCCUGUGCUUAAUUACUCAAUACAGACAGGUGAAGAGUUUUCUCUUGAAUUCAUGCUUGACCGCUUUAAUACCAGAAAGCCCCAGCUUCCAAACACUUCUGUUGAUCCAAAUCAUACACCUGGUUACUUGGAGCUAAAAGGUAUUUUGGGAAUUGCUCAUACUGGAUCCGAGAGAGGUUCAGAUGUUUCCAUGCUUACUACAAUGGAAGGUCCAAGAGAUAUUGAUGAAAGAAAUUCUUCCUUAUUAUGCCAAGAGAAAAGUAACAGUGGGUCUAUGCUACCUGCACAACAGACUUCCUCAGAGCACAAUGGCUUUCGAUCACUAAUCUAUGCCUCAUCUGGAGCAUCUGAUAGUUUAGUGGCACGGCUUAAAAUCCUUUGCAGCUUUGGUGGAAAAAUACUACCUCGGCCAAGCGAUGGAAAGCUCAGGUAUGUUGGAGGUGAUACACGCAUUAUCCGUGUAAGGAAGGACAUAAUGUGGCAUGAGUUAUGGCACAAGGCUAUAGCAAUCUAUGACCACACUCAUAUUAUAAAAUAUCAGCUUCCUGGAGAGGAUCUUGAUGCUUUAGUUUCUGUGUCAUGUGACGAGGAUUUGCAGAAUAUGAUGGAAGAAUGUAAUGUUUUAGAUGAUACAGAAGGAACAAAAAAGCUUAGGAUGUUUUUGUUUUCUAUGAUUGACUUGGAGGAUACUCAUUUUAGUCUAUCUAGCUCUCAUGCUGAUUGUGAGAUUCAGUAUGUUGUUGCUGUCAAUGGCUUUGACCUUGAAUCCAGGAAAAGCUCAAUUUUGCAUUGUCUAGGCUCUUCUGCUAACAACUUAGCUGAGCUAGAUGUGCAGAAUGUUGAGAUGGACACAGGUAAGCUACCACAUUAUGAUGACGGUAAGCCGCAGAAUUUUCAAUCCACUUACAAUUUGAAUUCCUAUAUGCGGGUCUCUGAAAGUCUCAUACCAAGACAAAAUGGGAUUUUGGCUCAGAAAGAAGAUAUUGAGGAGCAGCUGUUGGAUGGAUUAAGUGAGCAGCAUUUACAAAGUAGUAUAAAGCCAGUGAAAUCAGAUGCCAAUGCUUCAGCUUAUCAGGGAGGUGAAGUUCAAGGUGAUCAAAUGUUAUCAAAUGAGCAGCUUUCUGCUUCGCAUUUGGUUAUUAAAAAUGCUAAAGGUUACUUUCCCAUUGAGAAUGAGGGAAGGUCACAAUAUCCGAUACAGAUAUCUUCUGCCCUCGAAACUGUUAGUCCUGAACUUCCUAGAUCUGGUGGAAAUAAUUGUAGCAGUGCAUCUGUUCUUGAACCUAGCAAUUCAGAACCUGCUCCAAUUGAUUUGAGCUUCUUUGAGCCCACUACACCACCUCCUCCUCAGAGGGUUUUUCGCUCUGAGCGAAUCCCCCGAGAGCAAGCAGAGUUGCUAAACAGGAUAUCAAAGUCAGAUGAUUCACACAACUCUCAGCUUCUUAUGACCCAUCCUCAUCCUGAUGUUGCACAGGCAGAUUUCCUUACAGAAUCUGUUGAAAAAGUGCAAAACUUAAAUUUGGUACAGGAUGAGCCGACCAUUCACACUGAAAACCCUCUAUCUGCUGAUCCUCAAACCACUAACAAAACUCAAAGGGUGAAGCAGGCAAUACCAAUUGGUCUGGAUAUGAAAAACAAAGCACAUGAGAGCCCUGUUGUUCUCCAAGAAACAGUAUCCACUGAAAAUGUUAGUAAAAUUGGUUUGGUUGAUGAUACAGUGGAAGCUGGAUCAAGGGUUAAUGCUGCAAGCCAACUGAAUACCGAGAAACACCAUGAAGACCCAGGGAAUAGUCUUCCUGAUAUUCAUUGGGGAGACAGGGUUGGCAGUGAUCUAUUGCCUAAUAAUAAUCAAGGUCUUUCUAAGCAUUCAGACCAGAUAGGGAAUUAUAAUGGGGUUGUUACUUCAGAAGAACCAUGUGUUGGUGGAGCUAAAUCUGAGCAAGGAGACAUCCUAAUUGAUAUCAAUGAUAGGUUCCCUCGUGAUAUCCUUUCUGAUAUAUUUGCACAAGCUAUACUUUCUGGUAGUUUAAGUGACACUGGUUCAACAUCUAAGAAUGGAGCUGGUGUAAGUGUGAACAUGGAAAACCUUGAUCCAAAGCACUGGUCCUUCUUCCAAAAGUUGGCAGGUGAUGAGUUUGCUAAGAGAGAUGUUUCUCUAAUCGACCAAGAUCAUCUUGGGUAUUCUCCUGGGCUUCAAAAAAUUGAGGAGGCUUCUUCACCAUAUGGUAUAAUGCCUUCUGCAGACGAUAGAGUUUCCUUAAGCCAUUUGGAUCAGCAAGUUAAUCUUGGUGAGGAUAAUCAGAGAGAAUUAUCAAGUGCUGGAACCAAUUCUGUGAUGUUGCAUUCUGGUUAUGGUCCAAACUCAGAGUAUGAGGAUGGAAUUAGAAAUAUUGGACUGCCUCCUUUAGGACCUUUGGUGGAUUUCGACAUAAAUUCUUUGCAGCUCAUCAGGAAUGAAGAUCUUGAGGAAUUGAAGGAACUUGGUUCAGGCACAUUUGGGACAGUGUACCAUGGAAAGUGGAGGGGGACCGAUGUUGCAAUUAAACGAAUAAAAAAGAGUUGCUUCACUGUGCGAUCAUCAGAGCAAGAGAGAUUGACUGUAGAGUUCUGGAGGGAAGCUGAUAUUCUGUCAAAGCUUCAUCACCCAAAUGUGGUGGCAUUUUACGGUGUAGUACAAGACGGAAUAGGCGGAACUCUUGCUACUGUAACCGAGUAUAUGGUGGAUGGUUCUCUAAGGCAUGUUCUACUUCGCAAAGAUAGGCAUCUUGAUCGGCGAAAACGGCUCAUAAUAGCUAUGGAUGCAGCAUUUGGGAUGGAAUACUUGCAUUCAAAAAAUAUUGUGCAUUUCGACCUGAAAUGUGACAAUUUACUGGUGAACUUGAAAGAUCCUUCGCGACCUAUAUGCAAGGUUGGUGAUUUUGGUUUGUCAAAGAUAAAACGGAACACCUUGGUCUCUGGUGGAGUUAGGGGGACACUUCCAUGGAUGGCUCCUGAACUGUUAAAUGGUAGCAGCAAUAAAGUUUCUGAAAAAGUUGAUGUGUUCUCCUUUGGUAUUGUCUUAUGGGAGAUUCUCACUGGAGAGGAGCCUUAUGCCAACAUGCAUUAUGGUGCAAUCAUAGGAGGCAUAGUGAGCAACACAUUGAGACCAAGUAUUCCAAGUUACUGUGAUCCAGAGUGGAGAAACUUAAUGGAGCAGUGUUGGGCUCCAAAUCCCGCAUCCAGGCCAUCAUUCACAGAAAUUGCAAGUCAUUUACGGUCAUUGUCCACUGCCGCCCAGACAAAAGCACCCAAGACAUAAGGCAUCAUCAUAACUAGUUGUGGAGUAGUAAUAUAUUCGUUGGUUGUUCUGGGUAUAAUAUAAUUCCUCCCCCUCCCCCUCCCCCCUUUUUGUUCUUCACUUUGGAACCAGCAAUGGCCAUUUUUGGGAAAUGAAGAUACGAGGUGCAAAUUACGUCUGAA